AUGGAAUAUCAAGAUGAUAACAACGAUAUCAUUGAUGAAGAAAACCAAGAAUGUGAAAAUAAAUAAUAAACGCCACCAACAACUGAUAAAAAGAUAUAGAUAUUCAAUGAUUAGAUUAUCAAUUAUGAAAUGCUCAGUAAAAGAUCAGUAAUAACUAAAACUGAUAAAGUAGCAUUAAAAAAGUAGAGUAUUUUAAUAAUAAAUAAUCCUAUUCUUAAUAUUAAUAAUUGGGACCCACAAAAAACAAAAAACAUAAUUUAAUCGAAGAUUAUUGAUUUUAGAGAAAGAGAUGUCUCUAUGAUUGCCAUCAAUAUACUUACUAGACCAGUUAAAACCAAACAAGAAAAAAACUUUUUAAUGAAAGGCAUUCAGGGACUACAACUUUUCUAAGAAUACAAAGACAUAUUUUCAGAAGACCAGAUGAAUCACUAGCUAUUUAAGGAGAUUCAGCUAAAGUGCUUCAAAAAGAACGAAGUCAUUUUUAAUAUUGGUGAUCAUGGCUCGACUUAUUUUAUAAUCUUAUUAGGGUCAGUUUUUUGUUUAUUACGAGAAGCUACGCAGUAAUAACCUUAAGGCGACUCAUAUUAAAAUGAAAAUGCUCAUAGUAAUGAUCCUAAAACGAUUUCAUAGGACAUUAAUAAUAUAAAAAGAAUGAAGAGUCGUGAAGUAUUACCACAAGUAAAUAAAAAAUAAAGUGCUAAAGAUGCAAGCGUUUAUACAGAGGAAGAAUAAGAAGAUCUUUAUUAAAUUAAAAAAAUUUAUCCUAACCUUGAAUGUGUAAAAAUUUAUAAGGCUGGAGAGGCUUUUGGUGAGAUUUCCUUAAUGACCAACUCAUCAAGAACUGCUACUAUGGUUUGCAGAGAAGACACCUACCUCAUGACUUUAAAUAAGCAAGGAUUCGAAAAAAUAGUAGGAGCUUACCAUGAAUACAUAGUUAGAGAAAGAUUAGCCUUUUUAUAGAGAUUUAGUUUUUUCAAAGAAAUACACCCUUCUAAGCUACUCUCAAUUCUUCUCUUUAUGAAUAUAGAAAAGUUUGAGUAGAAAAAUGUUAUUUAUAAGUAAGGAGAUGAUAUUGAUUAUGUUUACUUCAUUAAAUCGGGAGAAAUAGAGUUAUUCACAAAUAUAUGUUUGGAUUCCUUAGCCUAAGACGAAGAAAAUAAUAAGUCUUUCUCUCCAAAAAAGUAAAUCAAAUAUAACAUUGUUGAUUAAAAUAAAAUCUCAAAGAAACUAAAAAAGAAAAUACCGAUCUCUAUUUUAGGACCAAAUAAUCUUUUUGGAGAGGAAGAAAUCUAACUAAAUAUAAAUAAAAGGAAAUGUGAAGCAAUAGUUUACUCUAUAGAAGCAACUCUUUUUAUUAUAAGAAAAGAUACGAUUUAAAACAGAUCGAAAUUUACUUCUGAAAGAUAAUCCAUGAUGAUUUAAACAUUGGAUUUAGAAUAAAAGGCAAAAAUAUUAAUUAAACAAAAUAUUGAAACAGAAAAUAUGUUAAAUAAACUCAAAAUGGAAAGCAAAAACUUGACAAACGAAAAUGUUUUGCCUCUAUAAGAUUAAGAUGAAGAUUAGGAUUUUAGUCAAUCAAAUAAAAUUAAAACAAAAGAAUCUGAGAGUCUGAGUCCCUCGUAAAAAUAACAGCCAAAAAAUAAAUUAAAUAAUGGACAGUUCACUCCUAGAAAGUCUGUUUUAUAGCAUAUUCGGGGAUUUAUUGAUUCUCCUACAUCAAAGACCUAAAACAACCAAAUUGAUUCCUUUGAUUACUUUCAAUAGUGUAUUGAUAGCCAAUAAAGAUACUCAAUUUGUUAAUCACCCAGACUUAACAAUUCAAAAGAAUAGUCAGUGUAGUAUAACAGCAUUUUCCAUAAUAGUGGAUAAAGCUAAUCACCUAGGUUAAACGAUUCUAAAGAAUUUGUUAAGUAAUAAAACAGCAUAUUUCAUUAAGAUUAAAAGUAUGCUACCAAUUAAUUUAUCAUAGAAAAUUAAAAAAGACGUUCUACAACCAAUAGUUUAGUUAAUAAGAGUAAAAAUAAUGAAAACAUAUAUAUUUAACCUUACGAAUUAGACACUCUGUAAGUGGUUAAUAUUUCGCCUAGGGGUAAGAAGGCUAUUCACCAAUCUAGAAAAAUAUCUCCUGAAAAACCUAGCACUAUUGCUGCUGUAAAUGAUUAACCAGAAGUAAAUGCUUUUAGCAACUAAAUAAAAUGGUAGAAUAAUCAAAUGCAACCACUCUCGGAGGAUAGAAAUUAUUUAACUUCUAAAAAAUAAACAAUACCAAAUUUAGACUCAAAUAAUUAUUAUACUAGAAGAGAAUCUGAUUAAAAAGUCUUUUAAUUGUUAGAAAAGAACGGAUUGCUUGGAAAUCAGAUUGAAGAAUUGCAAAGUAAGUAAAAUUUUAAUGAGAAUUUGCUGAAAUACAUUGAAGAUAAAAAUCCAAAUUCUUCAAAAAAGCAUAACAUAUUCAAUAUAGUAAGCAAUGAAAUUGAAAGCUAAGCAAAACAAAAGAACGGCAUUAUCACCAAUCCAUUUAAUAUAUUUUCGAUAUCUGACGAGUAAAUUUAAUAAAGGUUUAACGCAAUUAACUCUAGUAGCUAAAUUUAUCCUAAAAGCGACAAGACAUCAUCGGUUCUUUAAAAUGGUAGCAGUAAAAAUAAUUUAAGUCAUCUUCGUUAAAAGUAUUAGUUAAUUAAGCAAAAAUUCUUUAAUAGAGAUUUAAGUAGUUAUUGCUCUAACACAUAAAAUGGAUUAAGUUGUAAUCAAAUUACGGAAGUCAGUAACAAUACUUAGAAAUAAUUAAAAAAUAAAUCCUAUUUAUUUAAUAAUUUGCAAAAAAUUGAUUCAAAUUAACUCAUUAAUGGUGGCAGUAACUAAAAAAACAGUCUCAAGAACUAUCUCAAACAUCUAGACAAAUAUGAAGAUAAAAGAGGCAAAACUUCAAAUAAAAUUCAAAAGCAAAAUACCAGUCAACUGGAAGAAAUAAUGCUAAGCUCAAUCAAUUAAUCAUUUACUGAUACUAUGAAUAGUUAAAAAACUUAAAAUAAAAAAGGAGUUGAUAUCAUAGUAGAGACAAAUCUAGAUUUAGAAAAACCUUCGUUCAUAGAAUACAACACUGGUGAAUUAGCUAUGAAUAAACAAGGGGAAGAUUUAAUCUUUUAGAAUAACUCCGAUAUUAGUGACAUAGCAUUAAACACUCACGACUAAAUUUAGAAUCAACAUUAGGAAGAUACUAAACUGAAUGAAAAUGAGACGAAUUUGAGUCGAUAAAGUACAGAGAAACCAAAUAAUUUUCAGAGAAGAGCAAGUCAAGAAGAUAUGAAAUUAAAAUUAAAAAAAUAGUAAUUAAUACUACCACUGAGCAAGAUAACUAAGAAUGAUGAAGAAAAUUAUAUAUUUUAGAGUUUUACACAAAGAAAUAUCCUAGGUAGUUAAAAGUAAUCUACACCAGAUUUUAGUCAGCCUCUUUCAAUUCGCGAUAGCGGAUUAUAAAAUUAAAUUUACUACUUGAAGUAAUACAGUCUCUUAAAUAAAUUAGCCUGUAAAAAGAAUUAAUCCAGUAAUGCGACAAAAUAAAAUAUAUCUACAGAAAGAAUAAUUCCUCAGCAGCAGCAGAUAGAAAGUCUUGUAAUGUCUUCUACAAUAAAAUUUGAGAUACUGAGCAAGAAGAAUACACAGAAUAAGUAUAAAGCAGACGAAAUCAUUCAAAAGCUAAAAAAAGAAAAUAACAAUACCUUGCCUUCGAUACAUUAAACAGAAUCAAAUAUAAACCCUGCAUUUAAUAAUUCCCUAGUCCCAACAAUAUAGCCAAAUUAGAGCAAGAUCUAAAUAUCUCAAAGUUAAAGCACUUCUUCAGCAAUCAAUGUACAAACCAUAAAUAAAUAAAAUAAAAACCUAAAUACAAGUAAGAACAACCCAAAACAAUAGAUGUAUACUCAAGGGAUGAAUAUUCACUAUACUACAAAAAAAGCUAAAAAUGAUUUCUUUUCUUAGAUCUUUAAAAGUUCUGAAGCAUCUCGCUAACAUUUACUUAAUCAGAAUUACGAAAUUACUGAUACUAAAUAAUCUAUUUUUGAUUAAUCUCAAGGAAUUAAUAUUUAUGGAUUACAAAGCAAUCCAGUAAAACUAGUUUCUAGCUAAAAAUAAAAUAGCAAUUAACCUCUAAAAUGA